AAAGCUAAUCUUAUUAUUUAAAAUUUAUUUAAAUAAAAUUAAUUCAAUUCCGCUUUAAUCAAUUCAUUAAUACAAAUGGCUAAAUUAUCCACACUUAUUAUUAUUCUUGCGAUCGUUGCAUCUGCCCAUGCCGCCGCUGUAUGGUUAAGGCGCGUAACACCUCUAACCGUAACGGUGGAAAGUGAAGAAGUAUUCUGCUCGUUCCUUCCAAAAACGCUUGGUGAAGAAAUCGGGGAUAGUGAAGACGAUGCUAUACCAUUUUGCACUGAGGCUAACCCUGCCAAUGCACCUGGAGCCAAAAAAUUUCCCAACGGUUUCAUUAAGUCUGCUAACUUUGCUAAAGGAAAAGGGUUUGUUCAAAUAACCGGCGGUCAAUAUGAUACUAAAGCACCUUCUGGUGCAGUAUGCAAAGGAUUUAAAAAUUUCGUGAACUUUGUUGAACCUGAUAUUAACACAUUCUGCAUUCGUUGCUGCACUGACACCAAAAAGUGCAAUACCGGAUAGAGUACUUAAGGUUGCGCUGUUGUCGUCCCUGGUGAUUACAGUUAAAAUCAGAUAUUUUUAAUAUAGUAGUUAUUAUUAAUUACACUUAGUUUAAUUAUACCAUUAGUUAACAAUUUAUACCUUUACAUUAAUUAAUUUUAUAAAUUAAAAUUACGUGUUUAAGAAAAAAAAAUUAAUAAUUUUUUCUUAGAUUUUUAAACUUUGCAAAAUGAUGUCAAAUGCACUAGUUACACGAAUUAUCAUUAUACUUUAUUAUUAGACCUUAAUAAAAAAUUUUUAAAUAUUUUAUUAAUAAAAAAAAUUAAUA